GUCAGUUCAGUUGCUUAUCGGCACUCUAGCGAGCAACAUGGCGCAGGAAUUUAAAUUAUACGAAAAUAUAUUCAUAGAGACCAACCUCCAAUCGCCUGACUACGAUGGGGUUAUACUCAUAUUGUAUCCACAAGAAAUGAAUAUACGCCAACCGAGGCAUAUAGCCAGUUUUAUAGACAAAAUAUCUCUGCUAGAUAAACAUAUACAUAAAAUACCAACUGUUUGGCAUUGUGAUUAUGUGUCUGGAGGAAGAUUAGUGAUGUCUCCGACGGGGAAGAUUACGCCGUACCAUGAUGUGACAGUCGUUAAAGAUGCAGCUAAGAAAGGUAUGCUCAGGGCGUUGGAUGCUGGGAUGAAGAAACCACUGCUGAUUGUUGAGAAUGUAGUCGAUUUCCCCGAUGGACAACUGGUUUGCAUUCUCGGCGCUCUAGAAGCUUUCUACGUGGCAUUGCAGAUAAGAGAGAGGCAAGAUACAAGGAACUUUAUAAGGAUUGGGCUACAUGCUGAGGAAAAACAGAAAGAAGCGUUCGAAAGGAUCGUAAGAAACGCCAUCGCUUUGGAAAGAUCUAGAAUAUUCGCUAGAGAUAUCGCCGGCGGUGACCCGGAAAGGAUGGCUCCUGCUAAAAUUGUCGAAUACGUCAAAGCAUCUUUCUCCCAUGACAGUAACAUAUCGAUAAAUGUGAUAGAUGAUGAGAAGUAUAUUUUGGAGAACUAUCCGCUGUUAGCUGCUGUGUCCAGAGCGGCAAAUAACGUUGAAAGGCAUAAAGCAAGAGUCGUUGAGAUAGAAUACAACAGUUCCAAUCCUUCUCGCGUCACUGAAACUUUGCUAUUGGUUGGAAAAGGCGUCACUUACGAUACAGGUGGUGCUGACAUCAAAAUUACAGGAAAAAUGGCGGGCAUGUCACGAGAUAAAAGUGGAGCGGCAUCCGUUGCAGGCUUUCUAAAAGCCUGCGCCAUUUUGAAGCCACCGCAUUUGAAAGUGAUCGGAGUUUUGUGUCUAACGAGGAACUCUGUGGGCGAAGAAUCGUAUGUAGCUGAUGAAUUGCUGGAGUCUCGUAGUGGGAAGUUGGUGAGAGUCACCAACACUGAUGCGGAAGGUAGAUUCGCAAUGGCUGAUUCCGUUUUUAAGUUGGCGGAAUUGGCUGGGAAAGAAUUGAAUCCACACAUAUAUACGAUUGCUACAUUGACGGGACACGCCAGAGCUUGCUAUGGGAAUCAUACUGCAGCGAUGGAUAACCAUAGUGCUAAAGCAACGAACCACUCUUCGAGACUACAGUUUAGUGGUGUCAGAAUUGGAGAAGGCUUUGAAGUUUCAACAGUCAGAGCUGAAGAUUUAGCAGUUAAUGCUGGGAAGUGCAAAGGAGAUGAUUUGGUGCAAGUGUGCUCUGACGCUAAAUACCGCAAUCAUCAGCUAGCUGCUGGGUUUUUGAUCAAAGUGGGAGGUUUGGAGGAUAAGAACAUAAAGUAUACGCAUCUAGACAUCGCUGGAUCAGCUGGCAUGCCUCCCGAAGAACCGACAGCUGUGCCGAUUCUUUCUCUAUGCCACUUGCAUAAGGUUUUGUUGUGAGAUUAAUACUAUUUAAUCAAUUAUUGACAAUGGCUAUUUUAGUUAGCUGUUUUACCUGAAACCUGAUAAAUUCGUUUGGCAAAGGUACAAUUGUAAUUAAUUGUAAUUUUACGGAUUUAAUAUGAUACUUUUACACAAUCGAUAAUUGGACGACAACGGAAUAUAAAAAGCCAUUGCUGAGUUGACCACAAAAUACCAUACUACCACUAACAUAUCAUGGCCCGAUGAUCUCGCUGUUCUUGAGUUUUUAGUAUAUUUUUUUACAAAAUGGCGACCUCCGUGCCGUUAGUUUCAGUUCUGGUUUUGGCAAAAUAGUUUGUGGUCAUAUUUGUAUUGUAUUUGGCACAGAACAGAGAUCGCUAAAAACUAACGCUUUUCUUAUAUCUGUGGUAUUUGCUGAACAGUCUUUGAUUUUUGACAGAAAAACUGACAUUGCGGCGAUCGUCACUUAUCAUUGGUGAUUACGACCCCUUUGACCUUUACACGCUCUGGGUCACUUGAAUUCAUUGAUAUGUUCUAUCGUGUAGAGAUUGAGAAGGUUUUCGCGAAAUAGUUUUAUUAUUCAUUGCUCAUGAAUAAACGUUUUUUUUUAUUUAUAAUAUUGUAUUGUGUAAGUAAUUAAAGGUUUUGUUUAUUAUUGUUGUUUUAUUGCCAAAAAUAUUUUUAUUUUUUUCAAGUUCAUGUUUUUUUUUAAUAAUUUCUUUUCGAUAAAUACAUUGGCAAUUACACUCGGUAGUCACCAAUCAUUGGCGAUUAUGAGCGAUUAUCUCUGACAUCUACAUGCUCAGGAUCGCUUGUAUUCGUCAUUAGGUUUUCGUGCUUAAUAAUUGUGCACUAUCAGACGAGUACGGGGAUAAUAUAUGGCCUAUAGCCUUCCUCGAUAAAUGGACUAUCUAACACUAAAAGAAUUUUACAAAUCGGACCAUUAGUUCCUGAGAUUAGCGCGUUCAAUCAAUCAAACAAACAAACAAACUCCUCAGCUUUAUAUAUUAGUAUAGACUAUAGAGUAUAGAUAAUAAAAAUGAACUUUUUUUUGUUAAUAAACGCAUUGUUAGUUAUUUGUGUUCUAAAACGUUUACAAAAAUGUUUAUAACAUCUAUGUAUUAUUAUCUAUUGUUUCUUUAUAAAUUAAAUAAUUCAUUCUUUA